GGCAACGGCACGCAACAGACGCGUAAGACGCCAUUAGAAAAUUAUCUAUGACAGAGCAUAGACCUACAUUUCAUGAGCUGAAGUCACGUCGCUAGACACUAGUACACUAUACAGUAUAAAGCCAAGCAAGAUCGUUGAAGUUGGUUGAAGCAGAGGUGUGAGUGAUAGCCAGCAAGAACACAAAUAAACAGCAAGGACGAGUGUUGGAUUGUUCUGUGUUGGAGUUACUGGAAGGAGGUAGUGGUGUUUAAGUACUGGUUGCUUUGGAAGGCAAUUGUGUUUGUGUUGUUAUUUGUCAAAUCAUCUUCAUUUUUCAAAACAUAACAUACCAUACCAUUCCAUCUUCACCCUCGGAACUCGUUAUCUUGAGUUUUUGAGAAAAGCAGUACUCAUUCAGAAGUUCAUUUGAAGUUUCAUCCAGAAUCCCAUUCCCAUUCUAUCAUAUUCAAAACAUUGCAUACCAUACCAUUCCAUCUUCACCCUCGGAACUCGUUAUCUUGAGUUUUUGAGAAAAGUAGUACUCAUUCAGAAGUUCAUUUGAAAUUUCAUCCAGAAUCCCAUCCUAAAGUCUGUUUAUUGGCAACUCACGACAAUAAGCCUCUAGCACUCAUAAGCUAGUCGGUGAGUCAAAGAAGAGUUGUGGUAGACAGCAAGAGAAAGUCUGUUUAUUGGCAACUCACGACAAUAAGCCUCUAGCACUCAUACAUAAGCUAGUCGGUGAGUCAAAGAAGAGUUGUGAUAGAUAGCAAGAGAAAGUCUGUUUAUUGGCAACUCAUGACAAUAAGCCACUAGCACUUAAGAAGCUAGUUGGUGAGUUAAAGAAGAGUUGUGAUAGAUAGCAAGAAUCACAUUGAACCACAAUUAUUCUAUUGAAACCUGAGAAACCUUGAAUCAAGAGCUAUUCUUAUCACAGAAGUGAUUCUUAUAACUUUUUUUCUGAAUCUAUUCUAAGCUGUCUGAACUUUUCUAAUUACAGAAGUAAUUCCUACAAGACAGAGGUCUUGAUCUUUUGCUACAGAAGUAGCCCUACUUUCUUGUGAUACUUUAUUUCUGAAUCUACUCUGUCUUACUGAACUUCACAAAUCUUCUCCUAUUUUACAAGCUUUCUAAAUAUAUUCUUUAUCACAGAAGUGAUUCCUACAAGAUUUCUGAAUCUAUUUUAUUCUAAGCUGUCUGAACUUUUCUAACCUAGUCCUAUUACUGAAAAAAGUGAGCUUGAUUGAGUGUAAAGUGACUAAAGCAGAAUUGAUUGAAGAGAGUUUGGAGCUGAAUAUAUAGAAAUAAAAGUAAGAUUGAUUGAUCGUAAAGUGCGUAAGCUGAAUUGAUUGCAGAGAGAACAGAGUUUGGAGAAAUACAGAAAUAUAUGUGAGAUUAAUUUAAUUACAAAGACAAGAGUUGUAAAAAUAUAAGUGAGCCUAAUUGAUUGCAGAGAGUAUUAAAGACAAAAGCUUUGGUCAGGAUAUUCCGAGAUUGAGACAUACAAGUGAGGUUGAUUGCAGAGAAAGAAGUUUUGGUCAGGAUAUUUAGAGAUUGAGACAUACAAGUGAGGUUGAUUGCAGUGAAAGAAAUUUUAGUCAGGAUAUUUAGAGAUUGAGACGUACAAGUGAGGUUGAUUGCAGAGAAAGAAGUUUUAGUCAGGAUAUUUAGAGAUUGAGACAUACAAGUGAGGUCGAUCUAUUGCAGAGAAAGAAGUUUUGGUCAGGAUAUUUAGAGAUUGAGACAUACAAGUGAGAUUGAUUGCAGAGAAAGAAGUUCCGGUCAGGAUAUUUAGAGAUUGAGACAUACAAGUGAGGUUGAUUUUUCUUUAUUAUGGAAUUUGAAGGUGAUCAAUUCAAGGAAGUGAUAAAAGAGAUUGUAGAUAUGCUAUGGAGUUGUGCAUCAGUUCUCGAUCCGCAGAAUGAAGAAUGUUGCGUCUGUAGGAAUACAAUUGAAGAAAGUGAAAACAAAGCUACUUGUGAGAGCUGCAAUGAAUAUUAUCAUGUGACGUGUAUGGGUUUUUUGUGCCAAGAUCGAGUGAAUGAGCGGAGAUUAAUCUGGAUUUGUUCAUCUUGUGGAAAUAACAACAUUGCGCAUCGACUGUUUGAUAAAGUAUGUAUCCCCUCUCAUUUGAAUAGAUACCAGCCUCUUGAGACAGUAGAUGAAGAAUUUGAUGAUCAUGUGCCUCUCUUACCCAAGCAAGCUGGCACACAAAAGAAAUCCAGAUCAAAGAAAAGGUAUUUUAAGAAAUGCAAGAAAAUCAAUAUAGAGCCAGGAAAUCAAAGUGUAAAAGAAAUAAAAUCAAAUGAGUUUGACACACAUGAACAUGAUCCUGGAGUCACUCGAAGAGAUUCCCCCAAACAACGUGAUAAAUUGCAUAGUGAAGAAGUAGAUAGUAAUGAAUGGAUGAAGGUGAAAACAAAGAAGGCAAGGAUGUUGGAAAAGAUGCAAGAAAGAAUAUCGCAAUUAACAGCAAAAAGUGACAGUGGAACAGGUCAGAAAAAGAGAACCAUAAAUGGUGUUGUUCUAGAACCUGGUGUAACGUACAUUGGCAAAGCAAUGAAAUCUUUCUAUGAAAGACGGAAAAGUAGAAAAUCAAAACGCAAAGUAGACAUCAAACUAAACAGAGAUGUAGAAUGUCAGAAAGUAAAGGAUGAUAGUGUUCAACUGUACACAGAAACAUUGCUAGAUGAAUAUGCAAAGUGUGUGCAAUCACCACAGUCGAUGAUGUACCAUGAAACACACCUCUACACACAAAAAAACAAGGAGAAACAAUCUUGGGCUGAUAUAGUAGGCCAUGUACAAAAUGAAACAACACAGACAAAAUCUUUUGUUGGCAGUGUGACAUAUAGUCAUGUUUCUUUGAAACAAUCCAAGAGCAAAGAACAGAGCACAUUCCGAGUAUGUGGUGGUGCAAAACACUCACAAAAAACUGAAGAAGGAAACAAGAAAGUCCGUGUUCUAAAGGGCAACAAAACAUCUUGUGGAAAGUCAGUUGAUUCUGAAGUAUUGAAAAUGGAAGUAUCGAACGAUAAAGGAAAAGCAUGUGACGGAAAGACUGAAAGCGUGGGUGAAGUAAAGGUAGAUAAAUGCAAUAGUACUGCUGUAAUCAAGGAUAAAUUGUGUGGCAGUGAUAAAGACAUGACAGAAAUACAGUCCAAAGCAGCAGAAAAUGGUCAGGAAAUUAAUACUUUUGAGGUUGGUAACCAAGUCACUUACAAAACAAGCAGUAAGCAUGAUGAUGAAUGUGCAAAUGAUCAAUUUGUCAAGUCACAAAAGUCUAUUCUUAAGAAAAUGUUUGGAAUGGAACAUGAUAGUAAAUUCCAUAAACAGUCAGUCAACACCUCUAAUGUAAAUUUAGAAGAGAAGCAAAUCCCAAAUGAAAACAUAUCAAAUAUGGAACAAAAUACACUUGUGAAAUGUGUUGCCCUGGGCAAUUUUCAUCAAGGAAAUGCUAGAUUUGGAUUUUAUUCUGGAAAGCAAUGUGUGUCUAACAGUUUUGCUGCUAUUUUAUACAGUAAAAUUACAGAUGUUACCCAAUGGCAAAAACAAGAUCUUGACAAGGUAUUGAAUUAUGGUAAUGAGUUGUAUAAAUUUAUUCAGCUUAGUUCUGGAAUAAAUGAUAAUUUCUUAUUGAUAUCUGAGUUACCUGAUCAAUUAGAAGCUUUUGAUGUCCAUUAUAAAAUGCAAUGUUCUCAGAGUGUUAUGGGUACAAUUUGUGGAAAUGAAUCUUUUUUGAUUAAUUUUAAUGCAGUAACAUUGAAAGAUGCUCUCCAUCAGGAAUUAGAUAGACAUGAUGCAUGCUUUUGUACAUUUAGUGGCCAAACAUUUGCAAUCAUAUCCACACAAAAACAAUAUUUCAUUUUUGAUUCACAUUCUAGAGACAGGCAUGGACUUAUGACAGAUGAUGGAACCAGUGUCGUUCUAUGUACAUCAAACUGGAAAGGUCAAUCUCUCUUUGUCUGACGGGGAAGGAAGCUAAUCACAACAUUCUGAGGCAGACAUGUAUCCAACAUUUGCUGCAAAACUCACAUAUAUUUGCUGGUUGUUUAAGGUAUGAAUUUUCAUCAGUUAAGGACUAUGUCAGUAGAAAUAAACCACAAAUCAAUGGUGAAUGGGCCACAGAGGUAGAGAUUGCUGUGAUGGCACAUCUGCUUGAAACAGAUAUAUUAAUUUACAGUGAUACACAUCUGAAGUGGAGACUGUAUUCAUGGGAUAACCCUGGACGAAUUGUACAUGAAUCAAAUAUGAGGGGCAUUUAUCUAUUACAUGUUAAAGGUGUACAUUUCGAUUAUGUUGAAUCUGUCGAAUGUAUUGCUCCAAGUAUUGACAAAGGAAAAAAAACAAAGGAAAAUGAACCAUGUUUAAUUCAUGAAAAGAAAAGAAUGGGUGAAACUAAGGGAGUUACAUGUACUGAAAAAAGAUCUUUUCAUAGUGAUAUGCUUGAAGACAAUGAAAGUGAAAGUGAUACAAUAAUAAUUGAAGAUAUUAAAUAUUCCAAUUCAUCAGGCUUGAAAAAUGGUGUAACUGAUGUUAUAAAUGAAGAAAACAUGUUCAUUGGAAAUGACCAUUUAAAGAUACUGAAUGAAAAAAUUGCAUUGAAAAAAGUGUCAAUUAGACUGAUACGAUUAUCUGAAUCUGAAUUAAAAAAUAUUUCAUUUGAAUACGGAUCUUGCGCAACGAAAGAUGAAAUUGAAGAAACGUUUGUGCCAAGUGUAAGCGAAAAAAGUGAAGACAUUUUUAUUACCAAAAGAAAGAGAAAAGGUGACACAAUUCAUGAAAGUGUGAAGUAUGCUAAAUCAAAAAAGAUGUCUUCUCCAAAAAUGCAUAAAUAUUGCAAAACAAAACAACCUAAACUGGAAAAAGAUGAGAGGGAAAAAAAUUCAGCUUCUAGAAUUACUAGUUAUCCAUCAGGAAUUGUUUAUACUAUGAAUAGAGGUGUAACUGAUGUUUUAAAUGAUGAAAAAAUUGCAUUGAAAAAAGUGUCAAUUAGACUGAUACGAUUAUCUGAAUCUGAAUUAAAAAAUAUUUCAUUUGAAUACGGAUCUUGCGCAACGAAAGAUGAAAUUGAAGAAACAUUUGUGCCAAGUGUAAGCGGAAAAAGUGAAGAAAUUUUUAUUUCCAAAAGAAAGAGAAAAGGUGACACAAUUCAUGAAAGUGUGAAGUGUGCUAAAUCAAAAAAGAUUUCUUCUCCAAAAAUGCAUAGAUAUUGCAAAACAAAACAGCCCAAAAUGGAAAAAGAUGAGAGGGAAAAAAAAUCAGCUUCUAGAAUUACUAGUUAUCCAUCAGGAAUUGUUCAUACUAUGAAUAGAGGUGUAACUGAUGUUUUAAAUGAUGAACAAAUUGUAUUGAAAAAAGUGACAAUUAGACUUAUACGAUUAUCUGAAUCUGAAUUAAAGAAUCUUUCAUUUGAUCUUUUGAAAGAUAUAAAGAAAACACAAUCCAGUGCUAACUUACAAGGUACAAAUAUUCCAGUAAAAGGGUCUACAAUUGAAUUCCCUAAAAAAAAAAUGAAAAAUGAAAACAAGAAAAGCAAAUGUAAGCAGUCUUUAAGAAAACGACAACAAUUAGCUAAAGAAAGGAUGAAAGCAAAAAGGAAACAAAUUAAUGAUAAUGAUGCAUACGAUAAUGUUCAAAAUAAUGAGAAUUACAUGGAUGGUUGCAAAUUCAAAGGAGAUUUCAGUGAUGUAAAGAAGACAAAAAUGAAACAAAAGUAUCACUCUAACAAAAGUUUCAGAGAUGAAAAGAAGAAAAAGAUUGAACAGAAGUAUCAGUCUGAUGAAUCUUUCAGAGAUAAACACAAGCAAAAAAUAAAGCAUAAGUAUCAGUCUAAUAUAUUGUUUAGAGAUGAACACAAGAAGAAAAUAAAUUUGAAAUAUCAGUCUAAUACAUUGUUUAAAGAUGAACACAAGAAAAAAAUGAAACAAAAAAUAAAACAUGACUAUCAUUCUAAUAAAUCCUUUAGAGAUGAACACAAGAAAAAAAUGAAACAAAAAAUAAAACAUGACUAUCAGUCUAAUAAAUCCUUUAGAGAUGAACACAAGAAAAAAAUGAAACAAAAAAUAAAACAUGACUAUCAGUCUAAUAAAUCCUUUAGAGAUGAACACAAACAGAAAAUAAAAUUGAAAUAUGAGUCUGAUACAUUAUUUAGAGAUGAACACAAACAAAAAAUAAAACAUAAGUAUCAGUCUAACCAGCAUUAUAGGCAGAGACUCGCAGAAAAAAAUAAAGAACGUGCUGGACUUAAGAAAAUGAGUUUCAAAAAAUUAGAAAAUGUACUAGGAAAUUUCAGAAAUGUUAUUUCUCAUGGACCAGAAUAUGUCUGUUGUGUAUGUCUAAAAUUGCUUUUUCAAAGUCAAGUCUUAAAAUGCAUUAAACAAAAUUACCAAAACAAAACGUGUAUGAAUGAGUCCUAUUUACAUAUUUGCAAUUCACACUGUAAUGAAAACUGUCAAUUGGCAUGCUCAUCUCGUGGACAUUUAUGGAUAUGCUUUACAUGCCACAGAAAAUUGUUGACGAAUAAAUUACCAGCUGAGGCUAGUGUUAACAGUUUGCAAUUGCAUGAGAUUCCAGAUGAAUUGAAGGACUUGAAUAAUUUAGAGCAACAUUUAAUUGCACGUAACAUAAGUUUUUUCAAAUUAAUCCGUUUACCUAAGGGAGGUCAAAAUGCAGUUCAUGGACCAGUUGUUUGUGUGCCUUCGAAUACAAUGAAAACUGUAAAUAUGCUACCUCCACCAGAAAGAGAAGAUCAAUUAAUCCGUGUAAAAUUGAAAAGGAAAAUAUCUUAUAAGGGCCAUCAUGAGUAUAAAUUUGUUAACAAAAUAAAGGUGCUAAAUGGGUUGCACUAUUUGAAGAAAAACAAUAAGUGGUAUUCUGAUAUAAGUAUCAAUGAAAACUGGAGUAAUUCGUUGUCAGGAGAAAUGUGUAGUGCAGAAACAAAUGACAAUGACGAUUCAAUUCAAAACUUUGAAGAACAGGAAAAUGAUGACCAUGAAGCAAGGUUAAAUGGAAUUCAACUUGAUACCUGCUUGCAACCAGUUGAUAUUGGACAAGAAAUCCUUGAUCAACAUUUUGAUGAUAUUUUCUGUUGUGCUCCAUGUGAAGGAAACAAUCCCAUAGCACUUCUUAGAGAUGAAAGCAAUGAACCAAAAUCGUUUCCUGUAUUAUUUCCAAAAGGUCAACCAACUUAUCAUGAUGUCAGAAGUGUACGAGUGACCCUUGGAAGAUAUUUACAAAAUAGGCUAAUGCACGUAGAUAAUCGCUUUGCUAAAAAUACAGAUUUUAUUUUUUAUGCUCAGUGCAUUUAUGAAAUUCAGCAAGUUUUGUCCGGUGUUUCAAUUGCAUUGAGAAAAACAUCAAGUAAAAGUGAUACUGAUGCACCAAUCACUAUCAAAGAUUUAAAACAAGUUGACAAAGUUCAGGACAUAUUAAAAUCAGAUAGAGGGUUUCGCUUCCUGAAACAGAUAAGAGGUUCUCCUCCAUAUUGGUCUGCCACACAGAAAGAUUUAUUAGCCAUGGUGAGACAGCUUGGUAUACCUACAUGGUUUGGAAGUUUCUCGGCAGCAGACAUGAGAUGGCCUGAAGUAAUAAAUACUUUAUUAAUGGAAAGAGGUGAUAAACGAAAAAUCAAUGACCUAGAUUGGACAGAUAAAUGUGAACUUUUAAAGUCGAAUCCAGUGACUGUUGCAAGAAUGUUUGACAAAAGAUUUCACACUUUUUUGAAAAAUGUUAUUUUGUCUGAAGCACAUCCCAUCGGUCAUGUAAUAGAUUAUUUUUAUCGUGUUGAAUUCCAACAGCGAGGAUCUCCACACACACAUUGUUUAUUCUGGGUAAAGGAUGCACCAGAGCAUGGAUAUAGUUCAGAUGAGGAAGUGGUUUCCUUUAUUGAUAAAUACAUUUCUUGCAAGAUACCAUCCGAACAAGAAGAUCCAGAACUCCAUGAAAUAAUCACUCAUGUGCAGCAGCAUAGCAAAAAGCAUUCAAAAUCUUGUAAAAAGAAGGGAAAAACAUGUCGGUUCAAUUUUCCAAGACCACCAUCUGAUAGAACAUGUGUACUUUAUCCCAAAGAGGGUAAUCCCGAAGAAAUUGAUAGUGCAAAACAAUUAUUAGAAUUUAUCAAAAACGCUGUAAAUCAGGAAAAUAAUUACACUAAUGUCUCAGACCUUUUUAAAGAUUGUAACACAACACAGACUGAAUUUGAAAAUGCAACUAGGUUAUUAGCUAAACAAGAAAUUUUGAUCAAGAAAAGAGACCCCAAAGAUAUAUGGAUAAAUCAGUACAAUCCUUUUCUACUGAGAGCAUGGAAUGCAAAUAUGGACUUACAAUUUGUUAUGGAUGUUUAUGCAUGUGUUAGAUAUAUUGUAUCAUACAUUUCAAAAUCAGAGAGAGAAAUGGGAAUGCUCUUAAGCCAUGCUCAAUCUGAAAUAAAUGAGGGAAAUCAUGAUGCAAGAAAAAGUAUCAGACAGCUCGGAAAUGUCUACAUGCAAAAUCGAGAAGUAUCUGCACAGGAGAGUGUGUAUCGUGUAUGUUCCCUUCGAUUAAAAGAGUGUUCACGAAAAGUAGAAUUUAUUCCGGUUGGUCCAAAUCCUGUUAGAAUGAGUUUACCUUUACAUGUUAUUCAAAGUAGACCUGACGAUGAUGAUGAUGAUACGAGUCCAUGGAUGGCAAAUAAACUUGAUCGAUAUAAAGCUAGACCUAAUGGAAGUGAAUUUGACACUAUGUGUCUUGCAAAAUUUUGCGCAUGUUACAGAAUACUAACUGCAUCGCAAGUGAAAGGCACUAAAACAUCACCAUAUUUAUUUGAAUUGAAAAAUAAUUCGGGAUACAUUCAGAAACGAACAAGGUCUAGUGCUGCUGUCGUAAGAUAUCCAAGAUUUUCUAAAACAGUUUCUCCAGAAAAA